AUGCCCUUCUCCUCAUCACUCGAAGGGGAGUCCACUGCCCAGGAGGAGAUUGGAGACCGGCUUUCUCAAAAACUUGCCCUGUUCUCUGGUGGUUCGCCAUACAGUUUUGGUGCCCAUCGACAGGGACAUGGGCCAUCACUACCCGCCCGAGCCGUCAAUAGUGUAGCUUCAUCUGCGACUUCGAUCUGGGUCUUGGCUAUUCGCGCAGCACCGUUAGUAUCGUGCCUGCUCGACAGUCGAGCUGCAAGACCCUCGCUUGCAGGAUGCACUGUGCGACGUCCCUUCGAGUCCCUGAGAUGUCUUGCGCAUCAUGGCCAACAACAGCCGGGACUGGGCAUGGGGGCUUAG